AUAAGAUAUAAUAUAUAAAAGCUACAUUUCAAAUUGAGUCUGUGUUGAUCAACAAAACCUUGGAUUCAAAUAUUCCGACAUGUCAGAAUGCAUUCUUUACAAAUCAGGACAAACCUGAUGCUUCCACGCUCACAGUGAAGGCGUUGGUGGCUCUGCAUGGCUGUAGGUUCGAGUUACACGUUAAACCAAAGGAGGGGUUAUCUUCUGAAAUGCUUAGAUCCAGCUGUGUGUUAGACAAUCAAUCCCGGGAGCACUGAAGCUGUUUUUGAGGCAUAAAAUGGAACUUCUUUUCAAAACACUUUGUAGUCAUUUUUCCUUUAAUGUGACACAUGUUUAUAAAUCUACAAAGCUGGCAGGGGGCACUGUCUACCUGUACACCUGCAUGCAGGUACACAGACGAUCUACAUGAAGAUGAUCCUCUGAUUGAAAGUCAGAGGGGAUUUUUCUCAGUCUCACCCCUACCUGAAGCUCUUUAUUUGACUUGAGGACAGCACCUCAGAUGGAUCAUCCCGUGUUGUUUCAGCUCUGCUUUGCUUUCUGGGUCGGGAUGGAGUGGACCGGAGCGUUGCAGUCCAGUUCGCUGUGGGGCGCGAACAUGAGCAUGAUGAGGAGAGAUCGGUCAGUUAACGGCUCGGUGGUCCUCCACGACUACAUGGUGUUUUUAUACCAAACGCUGUCCAAACCUCAAAGCAGAGACUUUGACGUUUCAGACAGAGCAGGAGCUGCUAACACAGUUACAAGUUUUGUGGACCAAGGACGAGAUCCUCCAUCAUGGGAGAGCGGUCAGCGCUACAUAUUCGACUUGUCCAGCCUGGCCAGGAUGGAAGAGCUGGUGGAGGCCGAGCUGAGAAUCCACAGGAAGCCUCCGGCAGACCUUCGACCUGCCCUAACAAGCGGAGGAAACCUUUAUCACAUCCGCCUGUACUCCUGCUCUUCAGAGAGACAACUGCUGGACUCCAGAACUGUCGAGGUUUUGGGUGGUGGUCUUCCCAGGUGGGAGGUGUUUGACGUAUGGUCUGGCAUGAAGGCCCAUCUGAGGAAUCCUUCGGAGCCACCACAGGCCUGCUUCCAGCUCCUGGCCUUCUCUGAACUGACCAACAAGGUGGCUGACCCUCUGGUCCUGGGGCUGGGUCGCACCCCUUGCCCACCCCAGGAGAAAGCUUUGCUGGUGGCUUUCUGGCAUACCGACACCGCCGACAGUCUGUUCGGAGAGGUAACGCGCAGAAUGAAGAGCGGUGGAUUUAGCCUCCUGAAGCCUCCGAAACGUAUUCCAAAACACGUAAAGAAGAACCGCCGGCAUCGACAGAGAGCUCUGUCCAAACGGUCUUUCGGUGGGGCGGCGAGAGCAGGCAGGAGGAGCCGCUGCAGCCGGAAACCGCUGCAUGUGAACUUCAGAGACUUGGGCUGGGACGACUGGAUCAUCGCCCCUUUGGACUACGAGGCGCGCCGCUGCGACGGCACGUGCGACUUCCCGCUGCGCGCCCACCUGGAGCCCACCAACCAUGCUGUCAUCCAGACCCUGAUGAACUCCAUGGACCCUGAUCUCAGCCCACCCAGCUGCUGCGUCCCCUCCAGUCUCAGCCCCAUCAGCAUCCUCUACAUCGACUCAGCCGGCAGCGUGGUCUACAAGCAGUACGACAACAUGGUGGUGGAGAGCUGUGGGUGCCGGUAGCACAGGCACAAACACAGGCCUCAGCUCGUGUACUGGUCUGAGAUUAGAGCAACACCUGUUUGUGUGUUUGCUCUGGUCUUUGUGGCCAAUCACGGCAGAACAAGCUGAAAAUACGCCUCUGAUAGAUGCCGAUGCUUCGCCAUCUGAAGUCGUGUUAACGAGUCAUUUCUGCUCCAUUUGCAUAUUUGUAACUCUCACUUCCUGCAUUUGGAUUUUUCUCAGCAUGAACCAAGAAGCAAAGAUUUAGUCUCACAGAUGUCCGUCACCUCAUUACAUCUGACACCACAUCUGGAAUAUUAGUUUGUGUUUAUUGUUAGUUUACUGAGCUCAGCACCGGCUGUUCAGUCUAUAACCAUGAACCUGCCCUCACACAGCCGCGUUUCACUGACUGAGAAAUUAAUAAAUGUUUUUGUUCUGAUGUAACUGCUUCAGUUUGUGUUUUUUAUUCAUACCGACCGCUGUGCAGUUCCAGCUACGUUAACAUCACGCGUGAUCUUUACUGUAAAGGUCGUGCAGUCAAAGUUAUCUGCACGGUGAUGAGUGCACGCCUUCAUGUGCUCACUCUGGAACGACCUGUCAGGAUUCGUGCAGUGAGACUCGGUGAGAGUUUAAUCUUCAUCAUCAGCGCUGAACACUUUUCCACUGGCUGUACGCACACCUGUAAAAGUGGCCUGAUAGAUACUGGUGUUCGGGAACUUUUCCAAGAUUUUUAAGCUGGGAGGUAUCGAGGACCCAUCGAGGUCGAGCAGCGGGGAAAUCGGGAAGAUAGAAAAGAGAAAUAAAAUCUGCUCCGAGAACACAGAGUGAGGCUUUCACUGCUUCAUGCUGCAACACACUUACAGGAGCCUGGAGUGGGAUUAACUUUAUCUUCAGACCGAACCUGAAGCAGUAACACGGCCUGUUGUAGUUAUCUGUGUGUUUAAUAAAUUAAGUUUUCAUUUAUUCCCAAAAUGAUAAACAACAGUUAAUAUUACAGCAGUUAUUUCACAUGGAUUAAAAAUACUGUUCCUCACAUCUGCGGCUUCAUCUGGACUUCUUUGAAAUUUCACUGUAAAUUUUCAAAACUUUAAAAAAUGUUUGGUCUCUAUGAUGAGCGCCCUCAUGCAAUCGUUGUGCAUUUUUAUAUAAUGGAUUGGAUUGGAUUUAUAUAGCGCUUUACAAUGCCACUAUUCAUUCACGCUCACAUUCAUACACUGAUAUGAUUUGCCAAGAUAUAAGAGUUGCAUGUGGUCACAGCUACAGGCCUCUAAAGGCUGAUGCUGUGUUUAGUGUUUUCACUGAGCACAAACUUGUACAGCUUCCACGCCUGCACAUCUUAUUACACAAAGACAACAUGAACCUCUGGUUUGGCUCUGUGGUCUCGUUACAAACGUCCAGCUGAGGCGCUGAAUGAAGCAUUUUGGUCACCGGGAACUCGGCUCCUUAAA